UCUGUAUGGCAGACAUGCCAUCUGCAAUCCAACCUGAUCUCAAAGGGGUUUACAUUGCCACUGAGUUCAUCAUCGCCAUGCUAGCCAUCACUGGCAACUUUCUGGUCUGUCUGGCCGUCACACUCAAUAAGAAGCUACGUACCAUCACCAAUUACUUCCUGGUAUCAUUGGCGGUCGCAGACAUCUUGGUGGGCUUGGUGGCCAUUCCCUGUGCUGUGCUGACAGACCUGGGUAAACCUCACCAUGACCUACCCCUCUGCCUGCUACUCCUCAGCGUCCUGAUGUUUCUCACACAGAGCUCCAUCCUGAGCCUGUUAGCAGUGGCAGCAGAGCGCUACAUGGCCAUCCUCCUACCCUUCCAGUACCAACGUAUCAUGAGCCCCAGGACUGCCUGGCUGGCCCUUUUUGUUACUUGGGUCUUUGGAGCCAUCUCCGGCUCUGUGCCCCUCAUGGACUGGCACAAAAAACCUGCAGACUCAGGCUACUGCAUCUUCACCUGUGUGGUGGACAUGAGGAACAUGGUCUACUUCAACUUCUUCUGCUGCCUCCUGGUGCCGCUGGUGGCCAUGUAUAUCAUCUACGGCCACAUCUUCCUCACCGUCCGCCGCCAGCUCAGAUCUGCUGCAGUUGAGCCCCAGCUGGGGGAACUCAAAGGGGCCAAAUCGAAAGUCCGCACUCGGCAAGAUCUGCGGAAGGCUCACUCUCUCUUCCUGGUUCUGUUUCUCUUCACAGUGUGCUGGAUGCCCAUCCACCUCAUCAACUGCGUCCUGCUGCUGUACCCCCAGUGUGGGAUACCCAUGUCAGUCAUACUCUCGGCUGUCCUGCUUUCCCACGCCAACUCAGCCAUAAACCCCAUCCUGUACGCGUACAGGAUGAGGUCUUUCCGCCACACUCUGAGGGGAAUGUGCCGAGCAACGCAUAGUGUUCAGCCAAAAAGCCAGGAGUAGCAAGUACUGUCAAAAUUUGGAGUGAUUAUCUUAAAAAAAUGAGUUAUAAGUCUGAAGCUGGAGCUAAUAACUUUGCUUAAAGCCUUUGUUGGAUUCUGUUGGCAAUGCACCUGCCAUAUGAAGAGUUUUACUACACUGAGAACACACAUGUUUUCUGUAUCUGAACUGCAGGACAUUUCAUUUGUCGCCGUUUACUGGAAAUCAAAUGCAGCAAAUAAAAGAGACCAAUCAAAUCAACAUAACUGCGUGCUUUAUUGAUAUACAGUAAAGCAUUUUAUAAUACAGUAGUAAGGCAUAUAUUUGGUGGAUUCUGAUAUGUUGUGAAGUAUUGAUGCAUUAUUUGAAAAAUAAAUGACGUGAGAAUGAAACACAAACGUUAGAAACGAAGAAAAAAAAAAACAACAACAAAUAAUUCCAUUUUACUUGGAACCUCUUGGAUCAUGCUGCAAGAACCCGAUGCAACGCUGGGCGCGACUUUUGUCGCGGACUUCUCUGAGUGGUUAUACAUUAAAUAAGGAUGGAUUCAUUUAGUCACACAUGCUUAGUAUCACACAGCAACAAAACCAAACUGCUUUUUUUUUGUUUCUCAACCAACAAUGUAACACCCUACUAGAAUGAACGCUCCCUCCACACAGAAAAACAAAGAUCUAGUAUGUCCCACCAGAUUUGACAGUAGUGCACAUGGAUUCAUCAGAUUUCAUUUUUUUUUUCUUUUUUUUUU